UUAUCAGUGACAGUCACAUAAUCCGACAUUUGAAGGAAGACAUUGUACAUACAUUCACAUAUAUUACAAUGAAUUGUUAUACAUUAUUACAUAUCUUUAACAUGUUUGUGUUAUGUUGCACAACAGAUGCUCUCACGUCUCAGACUGAAUCAAUCCAACCAUCUUGUACAUAAGAUUGUUUUUUCAGUUUACAUUGUCUUUUUGUUUACAUCAAUGAUAUGUAUUAUAUUUUUUAGAUUUAAAUUUGUCUUUGUUUUGGUCAUCAAAUAACUUCACCUUAGUUCAAUUAUACUAUGCACCAAUAAUUAGUUGAAUUCAUCACAAUCACACAUCACAACCAGAAUGUCAUCUUCAGCUCAAUGAUCACAUUCCCAGGAAAAGAAAGAGAAAUAAAAUGUAACCGCCAACUUUCUGCAUUAGCUAAUGGGGAAAAUAUGGCUUGUCUACGGUUAUGACGUCAGUCGCAAUGUUACUGGGCCCGUCCAUUGUUAUGACGUCAGUCUCAAUGUUACUGGGCUCGUCCAUUGUUAUGACGUCAGUCUCAAUGUUACUGGGCCCGUCCAUUGUUAUGACGUCAGUCGCAAUGUUACUGGGCUCGUCCAUUGUUAUGACGUCAGUCUCAAUGUUACUGGGCUCGUCCAUUGUUAUGACGUCAGUCUCAAUGUUUCUGGGCUCGUCAAUUGUUAUGACGUCAAUCUCAAUGUUACUGGGCUCGUCCAUUGUUAUGACGUCAGUCUCAAUGUUUCUGGGCUCGUCA